CUCGUCUAGAAAAAGACAAGCAAAAAGUAGCCGAAAGACUAGGUUUAACCAGUUUGGAUAGCGAUCUUUCAGAAAAUUCAGACUUUUUAGUCUUGGACACCAAAAACAUGAAUCUACUUAAAGAGAUUGAAGAGCAUAAAAAUUAUUUGGAAAAAGCAGAGGUGCACGAAAAAAGUAAUAAUAAAACUUUCAUAGGAUUAGGAAGUAUAGUAAUUUAUUCGCAGCUUGAUAAGAAAGAAAAAUUAAUCAUAGAGUUAACGGAUGACAUCGCGGCCGCUCCGCCUCACCAAGUUUCGGUAAAUAGUCCUUUUGGAGAAAAAAUUAUUAGGAAAAAAAGUUGGCGACAUUAUUCAGCAAGGAAAAAAUAA